CUGUGGAUAAAAGCAGAGAUCUUUGCUGUUGAUUACCCACUUGAGGAAAGACUGAGGUUCCAGAAUCUGUAAGGCAGAUCACCUUGCAGAGAAGAAACCUCGAUAUCCCGAGGUUGGCUAUUCCAGUCGCUGACUGCGCUUCUGCUCUGAUCCACUGAGCCUGUUGACAAAAAGCAGCCUGCAGAACACCACCUGGUUCCUUACCAGCAGGAGCUGAAGAGAGUGCAAAUCUUUAGAGUGGUACAGGAUGGUGAGAGCCAAGUCUUGGACGCUGAGAAAGCAUUUUGAGGGCUUCCCCAAAACAAGUGAUUUUGAGCUGAAAGAGGAGGAGCUGCCAAAGUUAAAGGAUGGAGAUGUGCUGUUUGAAUCUGUGUUUCUCAGUGUGGAUCCUUACAUGAGACCUUAUAGUAGGCGAGUGAUGAAAGAGGGAGACAUAAUGAUAGGCAGUCAAGUUGCUAGAGUCGUGGAAAGCAAGAAUCCCAGCUACCCAGUAGGGACCUAUGUUGUGGCUAAUUCAGGCUGGACAACUCACUUCAUCUCUGAUGGGAAAGAUCUACAGCUGCUUCCUCCUUGGCCAGAAAAGAUCCCCAGAUCUUUGGCUCUUGGGACAAUUGGGAUGCCAGGCCUCACUGCAUACUUCGGCCUAUUUGAGAUCUGCAAGAUUAGAGCAGGAGACACGGUUCUGGUUACUGCAGCAGCUGGAGCUGUGGGUUCAGUGGUGGGGCAGCUUGCUAAAAUCGGAGGUUGCAAAGUGGUUGGCUGCGCUGGCUCAGAUAAAAAGGUUGCUUAUCUGAAACAGAUUGGCUUUGAUGAAGCCUUUAACUAUAAGACUGUAGGAUCGUUGGAAGAAGCACUGAGGAAGGCCUCACCCGAUGGCUACGACUGCUACUUUGAUAACGUGGGUGGAGAGUUUUCAAGUAUUGCUCUGCAUCAAAUGAAGACAUUUGGGAGGAUUGCUGUGUGCGGAGCCAUCUCUGGAUACAAUGACACAGUGCCCCAGAAAGGACCUUAUGUUCAGAUUCCAAUGAUCUUCAAUCAGCUUUACAUGGAAGGAUUUAUUGUCACACGGUGGAAUGACAGGCGUGAGGAGGCCCUGAAGAGAUUGUUAAAAUGGGUUGUAGAGGGGAAAAUUAAGUGUGAAGAACAUGUUACUGAAGGAUUUGAAAAAAUGCCAGCAGCUUUCAUGGGAAUGUUAAAGGGAGAAAACAUUGGAAAAGCAGUAAUAAAAGUGUAAAGGACACGUGGUUCAUUCCUUUAGGAAAGCCAUACCAAUAGCUCAUCUGUCUUCUUGCCAAAUGCUCAGCCAUAACUUUUAAUGGGCUAAAGUAUGCUCAGAUCAGACAAGUCUCCAACUGGUUUGGGGAAAAUGAUGCUUCCUCAAAUAAUGUGAUGCUGCAACAAAGUGUUGUUCCUGCAGCUAAGCUAUGAAUCCACUUUGUCACUGCUAUAAUCAGUCCUCACUGAUGCAUGUGAUUCUGAGGCUUACGAGAAUAAUCUACUAAUUUCAUGGCCAUUUUGAAAAAAAGCCAGCCAGGUAAACUGUGAGUGGAGCUAUGUGGAUUUAUACUAACUGAGGAUCUGACCUUAUUUUUAAAAAACAAGGAACCUUAACUGAGCUGCUUAAGAGCUUGAUGUGAACUAAGGUCCAUACAGAGAGCAGAAGUCAACUGCAAUCUUUUAAAUAGCAUCUGCUAAAUAGUCAUUAAAAUAAAUUUGUACUAGAUUUUAUUCUGUAGCUAAUAACAUGCUUGUCACAAUCACAGCAACCUAUAGCCCAGCAGUAAUGUGAUUAAAUAGUUCAGAGCUGUUCUAAUAUGCUGUAUGGUCAUGCAAAGAAAAACCCAUUAAAAUUUAUUGAUAAAGAAAAUGGUUCUUAUCUUGA